CGGCACCAUACAGACAAGUCUCAUGAACGUUUUGAAAGGACAGGGCGGCGUUGCCGUGUCGGUUUUAACGGCACUCCCGGGAGAAAAGGCACGCGCAGAAACUGGACAGUUUCUUCUUCGUCGGUUUGGCCACCCGUGUUUCUGACGUACGAUAGUUUUUCCUCCCCAUUGCCGCGGAGUUAUAGGUGUUGCAUCCAGUCCCUCUUCAUAGAUCCUGUCCCCCCUUUUUGGUAAAGACUGACGUCAGUUUCGGGGAGUGGAGGAGGAGAGCGUAACUUCGAGGAGAAAGAAUCGUGGUUUUAUGGGAAGAGGUGGAUUUGUUUUGUAUCUUCUGCUCAGUUAGUAGGUGGUCGUUUGCUACAGUUCGGAAAAGUCUGAAGCGUUCUUCCCCUUCUGUAGAUAAAAACGCAAAAUGAGGUCCGGAGUGCUUCUAUCAUAGGCAGAACUUCCCAAACCACUGACUGAACGGGGCUCUUGUGCACUUGGAUGUGAGCGAAUAGUCUCUCCAGCUCACCUACCGCGUAAACAACGGUGGGACAGGUAGGAGAGAGAGAGAGAGAAGCCGGAAGAACGAGCAAUUCAGGUUGCUGCACACUGCCAUUUAACCUGUUCAAAACACGUUUACUCUUUAGUAAAACAUUUUCCGAGAGCAUUUCUUUUGUGCAAUUUCAACAUAUAUAAUUGCGCCUGCAACGGACCAGAAGUAAAAACAAAAACACAAAACAAAGAUGACUGAGUUGGGGAAAAAGAAAAUAUACGUCGUGGUGGAUUUGCUUUGCGUGGUCGUGGCCGCUUUGCCCUCGGUGAUCCUGACGGCCAUCUUCUCGCCCUAUCAGAGGGGCAUCUACUGCGAUGAUGAGAGCAUCUCCUACCCCUACAGGAGAGACACCAUCACACACGCCACCAUGGCUGCUGUCACCAUCUCGUUCUCCGUCAUCAUCAUCACCUCAGGCGAGGCCUACAUGGUCUACAGUAAGAAGAUCCACUCAAACUCCGCCUUUAACCAGUACGUGGCGGCUCUGUACAAGGUGGUGGGCACCUACCUGUUCGGCGCCGUGGUCAGCCAAUCGCUGACCGACCUGGCCAAGUUCACCAUCGGCCGCCCGCGCCCCAACUUCCUGUCCGUCUGCGACCCAGAGUCCUGCCACGGCUACGUGCUGGAGAUCAACUGCACCGGGAGCCACCGCAACGUCACCGAGUCCAGGUUGUCGUUCUACUCUGGCCACUCCUCCUUUGGGAUGUACUGCAUGCUGUUCCUGGCGUUGUACGUCCACGCGAGGUUGGUGGGAAAGUGGGCGCGGCUCCUGAGACCCACAAUCCAGUUCUUCCUGGUGGCGUACGCCGUGUACGUGGGCUACACGCGCGUCUCCGACUACAAGCACCACUGGAGCGACGUUGUGGUCGGGCUCCUGCAGGGGGCGCUCAUCGCCAUUCUCACCGUGCGCUACGUGUCAGACUUCUUCAAGCACCGCCCCUGUGCCCCGCCCCGCCCGCCAGCGGCCGAGACGGAGGCCCUGGAGGGACAAACCAUGGAGCGCAAACCCAGCCAGCCAAUCGUGGACAGUGAGCGCAACAACCACUACCGCUAGGGGGGGGGGGACCAUGUGACCACCGUGUGACCAAUGGGACUGCGCCCCUGAAAAACCUCCACCACCACCACGCCCCCUUUCCCCUGCACCCACAGCGAACCACUCUACACAACCACUGGACUGACGGGGAGACUCCGCCCCCCACCCCCGUGCCGUUAGGAGCGGUCUCUCAGAGGCCCACAACUGCCAAGUCUGACGCAAAGCCCCCCUCUCUCGAAAAACAGGACUUUAUCUGUGUGUGUGUGUGUGUGUGUGCGUGCGCGUGUGCGCGCGCAAGUAUGUAUGUGUGUGGGGCCUUUGCUUUAUAAUUGUCUGUAUAAUCGGAGCAUCCGGUUGGUUCGACCAUUUAUAUUCUCAUUUUUAUCUAGCCUUUUGAAAUUAUUAUUGUUUUAGCAGUUUCUAUGGGCGGUGCCUGGGAGGGCUGAUUAGUAGUGUAUUAGUAGUAGUGUGUUUGCGGUGUGUUUGCGGUGUGUUUGCUGUGUGUUAGUUGUGUGUUAGUUGUGUGUUAGUAGUGUGUUUCUGGUGUGUUUCUGGUGUGUUAGUUACUGUCACUGGGAGGCCCAGAGAUUCUUCCCACGUCAUGUGCUGUGAGAUACACACACAUGCAUGCAACCCACACCGGGGCCUCCCACUUCUUUGACUGGUUUUGACUGGUUUUGACUGGUUCUGGCUGGUUUUGACUGGUUUUGGCUGGUUUCUCCUGGUUGAUGAUGGAAAGGAUGAGCUCUCUGUUCUUGGUUUAGAAUCCCAUGGGCAGGUGGACUAAGAUAAAUAAACAUGUUUGUUUGUUUGUUUGUUGUGUGGGGCGAUUCUGUUGCCCAGGGGGGUAAAUGCUCCAUGUUUGACGGACACCGGCAGUUCCAUCUUACCCCUCCCUGCACCCUUUACCGCACCUUAACUAAUACGUGAAAAAAAGUAAGAAAAUAAUCUCCACAUAAUAUUAUUUAAUUAUUUCACCAGGUCCUUGACAUGGACUGCAUAACUGAACUAGUCAUGCCGAUAGUAUGUUUUUUAUUAUUAUUAUUUUUAUUUGCUUGGUUUGUGAGAAUUAAAAUACCACUAUCUAGCACACAGUUGCAUUGUUAUGUGCAGGACUGGCACUGAAGCAUUAAGUCUGUUAGCCGCUGCUUGUUAGCAUGCUAUCGUAGGCUAGCCAGGCUUGCGCAGACACGAGUGGGAGGAGUAUUCAUAUGCAGCUCAAAAGGCUAUGAAUGACAUUACAUUACAUGUUAUUUAGCUGACACUUUUAUCCAAACUGACGUACAGUUGAUUAGACUAAGCAGGCGGCAAUCCGCCCUGGAGCAAUGCAGGGUUAAGAGCCUUGCUCAAGGGCCCAACAAGGGCCCAACAGCCCCUUAAAAGAAGUCGUUGCAGGCACUCUGUUGUCCAGCGGAGGUCAUUGUUGCGCAAAAUUAAAUUUUCAUCCCUGCCGACUGAAAUCCUCCCAUCUCUGGGUGAUGGUAGACCCGAUUAUACUUUACCGUGCGGCUGCUACCUGCAGUCAAAACUUGGCGCUGUCCACUUUUUAAAAACCACAACGUGGGGCCUAUCCCUGCAGUUGAGCGGGGCCUGAACUGUGUGAGGCACCCAGUAGCCCAUAGUGAUGUGUUUUAAUUGGUGAUUCGGAUGAACUAAGAAAACUCGGCGGCCAUUUUGGGUGGGAUUAACAGCGCAUGUGAAAAUGGCACCGUCUCCUGCUUGUGUGUUUCGUGGUUAUUCGUGUAUUUAGCUGUUUCUGGAGAAUUACUUCACAUUUUGCCACGCUAUCACGCCCCCUACUGGCUGCUACAAGAAGUGGUAAUACAGGCCAACUUUCUGUAAAAAAAACAAAACAAAAUAAUUGUUAAUAAUAUUGUUGUUUUUGUUGUUAUUGUAAGUUGUGAAUAUACUGUAUGUGUGUCUGUAUGUUUGUAUUUUUUUGCACAUAGAUUAUCACACAGAGCCUGGCUGUAUUAAAGAAGCCAUGCCACAUUAAUGUAAAGAAUAGCAGGUCCGCCCGCCUGAAGUAGUGUUCGACAGAGGUGCACCAUGGGAAAUGUAGUCUGCAGUGCCAUAUCCUGUAAGUGAAAGAUGAGUGUACAGGAGUGCAGUUGGCUUUGGACUCCAGUUCCCAGCAGCACCCAUGAAAGAGGUCUUCUCUCAGACUUGCAUUGGAAUGUUCCCUAGCGUUGGGCGUCCUGUCGGGAACCUGACAACAGCCUUUGCAGAAAAGCUGAAAUUAUACACCUCCAGAAUGAUAACACUGGCGAUUUUCUGAAUGUUUAUUUUAUUUUAUUCUUUUUUAACCUUUUUUUUAAAAUAUAUUAGGGCUCUGUUAUAAACAUUAUGCCAUUAUGUUUGUGUUGAGCUUAAAAUGUGGCCAGGUGUGCAUUCUUAAAAAUCCGUAGCGCUGUUGUAAUAUUAACAUUAAAAAACGAGUGUGGACUGGCUGUUCCUAUUGGCCGAUGCUGUCUUGGUGGAAGCUGGUUGGACCUUUUUCUUUUACCACAACAUUUUCAGGAAGCUCGGUAAUUAAGGGCGUAACGGGUUCCUGACGAGAAAAUACUUCAAUGUUUCAAACACUUAAAUAAAUAAAUAAAUCCCCCCGUCUCCUGGAGUGACCAUGUUUCCAUAGAGACGCUGUGGAUAUCAUCAUGAACUGCUCCCUUAGCAGGAAGUUGAACCAAAUCAUUUUUUAAUGAUUAAUGAUUCAUUAGCCGAGGUGAAUCUCCUGCAGCGACCACUUUUCCCAACAUGAGCUCCUGACUAUAAAGCCACAACAUUAGACGCACCUGCGUAAAACAGUUUUGUUCAUGAUUAAAAUUGCUUUCCACAAUAUAAA